AUUAAAUACCAAUAAUAAUAUCAAAAUGGACCUCUAUAGAGUUAGAGUGGUGAGAUCACAUUGCUUUGGAACUCAUCAACUGAAACCUAAAGUAUUAUCAUUAUCAUCAUGGCUUACUAGCUCAACCAAUCAAGGACUUGACUUUGUCGAAUCAGAAUUAUUAGUUCUCAUAACACCAUAGUCGGCGCGUGGUGGCCAGUUUCAGAUGAUGGCCGAAGAAGCCGAAACUUUGAUUCUAGUCAACGCUGUCGACGGUACCGUUGACUAUAAAGGCCGUACGGUUUCGAGAUCAAACUCCGGUGGUUGGACAUCAGCGGCUUUUAUUAUAGGUGUGGAAGUGGCGGAAAGAUUCGCCUACUAUGGGAUCAGUUCAAAUCUCGUCAUGUAUCUGACUGGGCCACUCGGGCAGUCAACGGCUGCGGCGGCGGCCAACAUCAAUGCUUGGGGAGGAGCCGCUGCCUUGAUGCCUCUGUUAGGAGCAUUCGUGGCCGAUUCUUUUUUGGGGCGCUACCGCACCAUAGUCGUCGCUUCUCUGCUCUAUAUUUUGGCACUUGGUCUGUUGACACUAUCGGCUACUCUGCCUUCUCAUAGUUGUUUUGACUCCCAAAACAACAACAUUUCAGCUUGCUCUCCUCCACAGCUACAAGUAAUAUUGUUCUUCUUUGCCUUAUAUCUAGUGGCAGUGGCCGUAGGUGGCCACAAGCCAUGCACUCAAGCUUUUGGAGCCGAUCAGUUCGAUGGUGAAGAUCCGGAGGAGUGCAAGGCCAAGAGCUCAUUCUUCAACUGGUGGUAUUUUGGUGCCUCUGCAGGUGUUACAGUAGCAGUUAUAAUCGUAAGCUACAUACAAGACAAUCUGAGUUGGGCUCUUGGGUUUGGUAUUCCUUGCAUCGCAAUGGUCAUUGCGCUGGGUGUUUUCAUGCUUGGUAGUACAACUUAUUGGUAUAGCAUUGUACAGAAGAAUGAGAAAGGUCCCUUCGUGAGGAUCGGUGGUGUUUUUGUUGCAGCAUUUAGAAACUGGAGGAGAAGUCCUUCAAGUGUAGCCAUUGAAGUUGAAACUCGAGGAUUCUUGCCUCACCAAAGUUCUGAACAAUUCAGGUUCCUCAACAAAGCCUUGCUUGCACCAACCAACUGGAAGGAAGAUGAUGAUUGCGCUUGUUGCAUAGCUGAUGUUGAAGAAGCAAAGGCUAUACUUAGACUUGUUCCAAUAUGGGCGACAUGCUGCAUAUAUGGUAUGGUGUUUGCACAAUCAUCAACUUUCUUUACAAAGCAAGGUGCCACCAUGGACAGAACGAUUGUCUCAGGCCACAAAAUACCAGCUGCCUCACUUCAAUGCUUCAUCUACCUCACGCUUAUUAUCCUCUUACCAAUCUAUGAUCGCAUUUUCGUUCCGAUCACUAGAGCUUUCACUAGAACGGUACCAUCUGGAAUCACAAUGCUGCAGAGAAUAGGAGUUGGAUUUUUCUUCCAUGUUUUGUCUAUGGUGGUUGCAGCCCUUGUUGAGAUCAAAAGGCUCAAAACUGCUCAAGAAUACAACAUAGUUGAUACGCCGGAUGUGAUGAUUCCAAUGAGCGUGUGGUGGUUGUUACCUCAGUACCUUCUCUUUGGAGUAGCUGAUGUUUUCACUCUGGUUGGUAUGCAAGAGUUCUUCUAUGAUCAAGUCCCAACAGAGUUGAGAAGCAUAGGACUUGCACUAUACUUUAGUGUGUUUGGUAUUGGGGGCUUCUUAAGCAGCUUUCUUAUUUCUGUUAUUGAGAAAACAACAGGGGGAGAAGGCAGAGAUAGCUGGUUUCCUAAUAACUUGAACAAGGCUCAUCUUGAUUGGUUUUAUUGGUUACUUUUUGGACUUAGUUCAAUUGGGUUUGCUUUCUACUUGCAUUUUGCUCACUCUUACGUUUAUAAUAGAAGAGGUACAACAUAAAUUUUACUUUUUUCUGUCAUUGUACUUUGUAAGCAAGCAAUUGCGAAGAAGAAUGUAAAUCAAACGUUGCAAUGUAAGUAUCAAUAAAAAUAGUACUAGAUCAAA